AUGGCUUUAGGAGAUGAUGGGGUCGUAAGAACAGGGACCUUCUGGAGUACAAUCCCUCAUGCUUUUACUUCUAUGGUUGGUACUUGUAUUUUGGCUUUGCCAUGGAGUAUUUCACAAUUGGGUUGGAUUGUUGGACCAGUUGCUAUACUUGCAUUUCCAGUAAUUACAUAUUAUUAUGCGGCGCUUCUCUGCGACUGUUAUAGAACUCCUGACCCGAUCAAGGGAAGAAGAAAUCGCACAUAUAUGGAUGCUGUGAGAGCAUUUUUAGGUGAAAGAAAUGUCGUUAUAUGUGGUGUCUUGCAAUAUGCAGCACUGUGGGGGACGAUGAUCGGUUACACAAUUACGACUGCCAUUAGUAUCGCAUCUGUGAAGAGAUCAAUUUGCUUCCAUAGACAUGAUGCAAGAUGUGAUGUACAAGGAAAUUUAUAUAUGAUGGCAUUUGGAGCAAUGGAAAUUGUUCUAUCUCAGUUUCCAAACUUAGAAAAAGUGACAAUUCUUUCAGUAAUUGCAACAGCUACAUCAUUUAUUUAUUCACUUGUUGCAUUGGGUCUAUCUGUUGCAAAACUCUCUACACACCAUGAGCUUAGAGGAAGUACACUGGUGGCUAAUGUGGGAGAGGAUAUUGCUUCAUUAACCAAGGUUUGGCAUGUUUUCCAAGCUCUUGGAAAUAUUGCUUUUGCUUAUACUUACUCCUGGCUGCUAUUAGAAAUUCAGGAUACAUUAAAGUCACCACCACCAGAGAAUCAAGUAAUGAAGAAAAUCUCCUUGUAUACAAUUGCUGGAACAUCAAUUUUUUAUUCAUCUUUGGGAUUCAUAGGUUAUGCAGCAUUUGGAAGUCAUGCUCCUGGAAAUGUUCUCACAGGAUUUGGUGAACCAUUUUGGCUUGUUGACAUUGGCCACAUUUCUGUGAUCAUACAUUUAAUUGGAGCUUAUCAGGUGUUUGGUCAAGUAGUUUUUGCUACAAACGAGAGGCUACUCACAUCCAGAUGCUCCACAACAUCGGUUUUUAAUCGAACUUGCAACAUAAGAUUUCCAGGCAUAAGAAAUGGAUCCUUUCAGUUCUCAUUAAGCAGGCUUCUCAUGCGCACAAUCUUUGUUAUUUUCACAACUUUGGCUGCCAUGAUAUUUCCAUUCUUCAAUGCAAUCCUAUCAAUUCUUGGCUCAAUUUCCUUCUGGCCAAUAACAGUCUACUUCCCCAUGCAAAUGUACAUGAUUCAAGCAAAGAUCGAGAAGGGAACUCCUACUUGGACAGUCUUAUAUGUUCUAAGCUUUGUUUGUUUGGUUGUUUCCCUUGUUGCUAUCGUUGGUUCAGUUGCUGAUAUCUCCCAGACUCUUAGGCAUGCAAAAAUAUUUCAUAUUGAACUCUAG